AUCGUAUCGUACAUCGUACAUCUCUUGCCUACCGUCCUCCAGCCCAUCAUUCGUCAAUACGUCUCGCGGGUACCAAAUUUCUAUUCCAUCUCACGAGAGGAAUCACGGACCAGGCGCCUUCUCGAUAGCCAAGUGAUACCGGUACCUGCAACACAAUUGCCCAUCUCGACAAGAUGUACCGACCGCGAACCUACGACAAGGAUAGGGAAGAAAGGGCACCAAACAUUCAGACAGUAUACAAUCGGCCUGACGAUCGAGCCGGUCGGCCGGACGAUCGAGUCCCAGCCCGAUAUGCACCCAGAGAACGAUCAGCUUCACCCAGAAGGAGCGGCGUAGCAGGUCCAUCCGCCUAUGCGACCAGUCCCUAUGCCAACGUGAACAAGCCGACGGCACUGGAUCAUUCUCACUCUCGUCGGAUCUCAGGUUCUGAUUACCGGGCUCCAGUGCCGGAUUCGGGGUAUCGGUCUGCAGGACCCGUGGCACCUGUACGAGGCUGGGAGGGCUCGAGACCCGGGGGCUCACCGAGCCAUUAUGCUUCUCCCAUGGACCUUGGAGAGGCCAGAGAACCUCCCGGGGCAGUAGGCAGGUACCCUGAAGCGAGGAGCGAGCCAGGAUUUUACAAGGAAAGAGAUGCACCUAUGAGUCAGCCUCUCAUGAGAGAUGCAACAGUGAGAGAUGUCCACAUGAGGGAUGCAACAGUGAGGGAUGUCCAUAUGAGAGAUGCUACCACCAGGGAACCUCCUGUAAGAGAUCUCGCUCGCGAAGCCUUUCACUCUCAAGAUGCCUCGCAAAGCACAGCAGCGAGGGAGGGGAAUGUGAGGGCAACAGGGAUGAGGGAUGGGCCAUCUGGAAGGGAAGGACAACCACCUGAGGGGUUACCCAAGAGUGGGCCAUUACACAAAGAUGGACCUCUGAGGGACGGACCUUCGAGGGAAGCAUCAGCGCCGGGGAAGGGCAGGGAGGGAGUUCGCGAGCCCGGCACGCGGGAGAGUACGCCGAGACAUACAGGAUCUAGGGAGUCGGGAAAGAGGCAGUCAGGGAGCCGGGAUGUGCAUAUGAGGGACGCUUCGAGGGCAUCGACAAGGGGAGACAGUCAUGUGAUGACAUCGGAACAAUCGGACGCCGCAGAUACGUUCUUGCAUAAUUUCAUGCUUCAACAACGAGCCAUGAAGAACCUCAUGCAAGCCAAGGACAAUCUCAAGCAGUUCGAAGAGCUGAAAUCUCAAUGUCCGGACGACCCUCGACAACGGGCUGACCUGGACGCCAAGGUGCAGACGAAAAAGGACGAGCUCGUCAAGGCCGAAAAGACUAUUGCCAAGCUCGCGGCGUCGACGACGGCUUCGCUGAGGGAUUGGAUGCGUGCGGCCGGGCAGGGAAUGGAUUUGCAGGGUGGCGGUGGAGAUGCGACGAGGCAGGCUUCGAAUGGGGAGUCGUCGGGCUCGAACGGGGUGACCAAUGGUGCUUCUUCCGGCGGUCAAGCGCCUGUUAUCCAAGGUGAUGGAUCAACGGGUGCCGCUCCUGGCGUUGCCAUCAACACAGCGAACAACGCAGCGCCGAAUCCGGCGGGACCGAGCACGAAUGGUGAUACGGCUGCCCAUCCUGCCAACACCGGCAGCACUACUCCUGCCACUGCUGCCCCCGCUGCCGACCCCAUCAGCCCGGCGACCAAGAACCGUAAACUGAAAGCGGGCGUGGCUCGAGACAUCGAGGGACUCAAAGCCAACGUCGACAAUCUGAUCACGACGUACUACAACGUCGAGGACAACGCCAACGAUCGAGCACAGAAACUCCAGGAAGAGAUCGACGAAAUCAAGAAACACCACGAGGCAGAGAUCGCUGAUACACUCUAUAUCGUGGAAAAGGAGCGGAAGGCUCGGAAGAGCGAUAAAGCGAACGCCGAAAAACGUGAUGCGGCCAGGGCGGCCGAGAUCCAGUCACUCAGGAUCAAGGUGCUCCAAUCGGAACAGGCGAUGAAGAGGAUGGAGGAAGGGUUGAAAUCGUUGAGAGAUGGUACCGAGAGGGCCAAGGUGCCUUUGGGACUGGCGGAGAGGUUGGGGCCUAUGGGAGGAAGCUGAGAGGGGAACGUGCGGAUGGUGGGCACAAUGACGACCUAUUUACGAAAAGAUGACAGCUAGCUGCUAGAGACCGAUGGGGUGUAUAGAGCCGAUACGUUGUAUCAUUUCAUUUGCAUCUUUCCUGUUUCACUCACGC